AUGGCUCCUCUGAGACUCACGAUUGAGGACGGCCUCUUCCGCGAUUCGCAUGGGCGUCAAGUAACUCUUCGGGGAAUCAAUGUGGCUGGAGAUGCCAAGUAUCCCAGCAGUCCGAGUCAACCCUCCCACGUCUCAGAGAACUUCUUCGAUGGAGACAACGUAAACUUUCAUUCUCGACCCUUCCCUCCAGAGGAUGCACAUAUCCACUUCUCCCGACUGAAACGCUGGGGUUACAAUACUAUUCGAUAUGUAUUUACCUGGGAGGCCAUCGAGUCCGCCGGGCCAGGUAUAUAUGACGAAGAAUGGAUUCAACAUACAAUUGGAAUCCUGAGGCUGGCAAGAGAUUACGGAUUCUAUAUAUUUAUGGAUCCGCAUCAGGAUGUUUGGUCUAGGUUUUCCGGGGGCUCCGGGGCACCAAUGUGGACUCUCUAUGCCUGUGGUUUUAACCCCCAAAGCUUCGCAGCGACCGAAGCUGCAUUGGUGCACAAUACCUAUCCCGAGCCCGAGAAUUUCCCCAAGAUGAUUUGGUCGACGAACUACAACCGGCUAGCAUGUUCAACCAUAUUCACCCUCUUCUUUGCUGGACGUGACUUUGCUCCUAAAUGCAUCAUCGAUGGGAAGAACAUACAAGAUUACUUGCAGGAUCAUUUUGUCAAUGCUUGUGCACACCUGGCGAAACGAAUCCACGAGGCUGGUGACAUCGAGGACGAAAUAGUUAUUGGAUGGGAAAGCAUGAAUGAACCGAAUCACGGAUUGGUAGGCUUACCAGACAUAUCAGCUAUUCCAAGUGAACAAAAACUGCAAAAGGGCACAUCCCCGACAGCGUGGCAGGGCAUGCUGACCGGGUCCGGAAGGGCAUGCGAGAUUGAUACCUGGGAAUUUGGAGGUAUGGGGCCAUAUAAAUCUGGCCGCGUCCUCGUAGAUCCACAAGGUGAAACUGCAUGGCUUCCAGCAGACUAUGACGAUUCUAGAUAUGGAUACAAACGAGAUCCAGGUUGGAAGCUUGGAGAAUGCAUCUGGGCGCAGCACGGGGUCUGGGAUCCUAGCAGUGAUAGGCUCUUGAAGAAGGAUUAUUUCAAAAGGAAUCCCCGCACUGGCAAACUUCUGACCUACGAGGAGUUUACGAAUUCUUAUUACAUGGACCAUUAUCGCAAAUACAGAGAUGCAAUUCGCACACAUCACAAGAAUUCGAUCCUCUUCUGCCAACCUCCGGUUCUGGAGAUCCCCCCGUCAAUAAAGGGCACCGCAGAUGAUGAUCCGAAGAUGGUCUACGCACCACAUUACUAUGAUGGUAUCACUCUUAUGACUAAGAAGUGGAAUCGGUACUGGAACGUUGACGUUUUUGGUGUCUUGCGAGGUCGUUAUCUGACCCCAGCAUUCGCUGUCAGGCUUGGAGAGACUGCGAUUAGGAACUGCUUCAGAGAUCAAUUAUUAGCGAUCAAAAAGGAGGGUGAAGAUUAUAUGGGGAAUCAUCCCUGUGUCUUGACAGAAUUCGGCAUUCCUUAUGACAUGGACAAUAAGUAUGCUUAUAAGACAGGGGACUAUUCAAGUCAAAUUGGCGCCAUGGAUGCAAAUCACUUUGCCGUCGAAUCUAGUUCUAUGGCCGGAUAUACCUUGUGGCUCUAUAUGUGUGAGAACAAGCACUCCUUAGGUGAUCAAUGGAACGGAGAGGACCUGUCGAUUUUCUCUCUUGAUGAUCAACCCUUGCCCCUUUCUCCCAUGCCGACACCACCCAAUGGAUCAACAUCAUCAUUGAUCCCAAAAGCGGGAUCUAACACAAAGACAGAGAAUUUUGACGAAUCCGGUGUGAACCCUGGAAAUCUAAAAGAUAAAUUGAGAACACCUUCUAUUUCGUCAAAAAUGACAGAUGCACCCGAAUUAACCAAUGCUCCCGGAUUCAGAGCUGCGGAAGCCUACGUACGACCAGCGCCCAUCGAAACUGUUGGCAAGAUUAUCAAUUACGGAUUUGAUCUUCGCAAUUGCAUCUUUACACUCCGGCUUCAAGCCCCUAAAGCCGGAUCAGAAGACCAACCUACAGAAAUCUUCCUUCCGGAAUUUCACUUUCCCAAGGACAAAUGUGAGGUGGAGGUUAGCUCCGGAAAAUGGACUAUUAGCACGGACGAUGAAGAUGGUGGCUUGAUCCAAAAGUUAAGAUGGUGGCACGUCGAGGGCGAGCACUCUAUCCAAGUCACUGGCGUGCGGAGAAGUCAAAACACGAUGCUGGGGAGAGAAGACGAGGAAGGUUACUUGGACCAGUGCCAGCCGAGCAAGUGCAAUGUGAUGUAG